CUCUGGUUCAGAAUUAAAAGUCAAAAGCUCCGUAGUUGGCCUCGAUAUUUUAUUCGAUACGCAAAAAGACUAUCCUAUCUUUUUCCGACAUAUAACUAGAUUAUGACAACGAUGAAUUCUGAUUCCGAGAGUCAGGACAGCGAUGAUGGACGGCGGUUUCGUUUCGAAGCUACGCGCAAAGAUUCAGUUGCACCCAUAGAGACGGCAGAUAAAACAAAGACUCCUAAGAAGAAGUCCAAGCAUAAAUCGUCCCAUUGUGAAAGCAGACACUAUCGAACAGAUAGAUUGAAAGAACGAUUGAAACACGAAAGCAAUAGGAAUACAGACGACAAGGAUCUCAAAUACUCUGAAAAGCAUUCGAAGCAUGAAUCGAAGAGUUCAAGGCAGGAAGAUGGCAGAAAUUCGCACAAAGAUUAUAGAGAGGGUAGAGACGCAUCCGCCACAAAUGGCAGAGGCUACAGGAAUUCCAACGAAGGUGACGUGAGAGAGAAAAUUUCGCGAGACUCGAAACGCCAAUCGGAUAGAGAUCGAAGUAUCCAUCAAAUGCAACGAACGCGAGAACAUUCGUAUGAGCGAAACCAUCAUAACGAACGAGCGUUUAGUGAAAAAUACAAAAGUCGAUAUCACGAAAGGCAUAAGCAUCAUUCUCGCGAUAGGAGUCGAGAUAGAUCUCAUCAUUCGAGUAGAUCAAUCAGAUCCUCGAAUGGCGACUAUCGGUCCCGAGAGGAUCAGGGAAGACACGAUACUUGUAAGAAGAUAUCGGUAAGAGAAAACAGAUCGCAAGAUUCGAGAGACUAUUCUAAAAAUAUCGAAGGAGAAUGUAGUUACAACGAGGCUUGUUCAAGCGAAAACACUAAAGAGGAUUCGUCAAUAGAGAUUCAAGACUGCAAGGAUUUGGAUCUGUCUCAGUUCGAUAUUCUAUCAGAGACUGGUGAGAAUAUAUCCGAUGGUCGAGAUUCAGCAAGUCGAAUGUCAUCUCCGUGUUCACGUAAAAUUAAAUUGAAAAGACACGAUUUCGAAGAUCAAUCCGAAAAUUUUGCGAGUACGAAACGAGAAAACAACAGUGAUGAAGCGAAUGAAGAGAAACAAUUAAAGGUAAAAAGAAGGAAUUACGAUCUGGCAUCUAGUUCCACUAAUAAUAAUCCUAGUGCCGUUUCAGAUUCCACAUCAUCCGCGACGUUCUUGGUAACGAGAGAAACUCUUAUAGAUUCCGUGAGAAAAAAGACUUCUGAACAUUAUAAAGAAACGAAAAUGUUGAUUAAUUCUGACAGCGAACGCUCGAAUUUAGAAGAAAAGUAUUUGCAAUGUCUCGAUUCUUUAGAUGAAACGCAAUUGUUGGGAAGAAAUAGGGAAGAAACCGAAUUUGUAUAUGGUCCACUUUUGCCACCAAAAUCCUCAUCUAACAUCGGCAUUACUGUCGGUGACAAACUUGAAAAGACAUCAUUGAAUAGUCCUAAUGAAAAUAAAAUCGACAACAACGACAAGACUGCGAGUUUUAUUGGACCCUGUUUGCCACCUCGAUUAAAUAAUGAUUAUCAAAACGGAAAGCAAGAAGACGCAGAAGAUGCUGUUAUGAUUGCGAUGGAAGCGGAUAUUGUUUUUGGACCAGCACUGCCACCACAUUUGUUACAACGACAACAAAGUGAAAAUGACUCGCAAGAUAAAAUUAUUGGACCUGUACUACCCGACACUGUGAACUCGCAUAAAGAAACUUCGAUCGAGUUAUCCGAUGAUGAUUAUGCGAUAGGUCCUCUGCCUGUUGAUCAUCCAGCUCUAAGAAAUAGCCGCGUGCACGAACAGUUAGAUUUGAGAGCACAAAAGAUUAAGCACGAAGGAUAUUUGGCAGAGACUGAUCUUGGAAAUAAACGCGAGGAAUGGAUGACCGAGUUACCACCGGCACAAGCUGCUAAUCUUGGAUUGGGCCCGCGUAAAUUCAGACUUCGAGAUGGGCCAGAUAUGUCAGAUAGAUCAUGUUGGACUGACACUCCUGCACAAAAAGCGCAGAAACAGAGAGACUCGAAGAUAAAAAGACUCGGAGAACCAGAUACGGAACAUGUGAAAGAAUUUCAUAGAAAAGACAUCAACGAAAAAAGGAAGUCUGAGAAAUCGCUAUUAGAAAUGCAUCAAAGCAAAAUUGCGAAGAAAAAGAAGAAAGAAGAAAAAGAGGCAAAACAAAGUGGGAUAUCAAUGAGAAGGCCAUUUGAUAGAGAUAUUGAUUUGCAAGUUAAUCGACUUGACCAGACGCAAAAGAAAACUAUUCUGAUGAAAGCACAGUUACUCGAUGAUAGAUUUUCACGUGGACAAAUCUAAUAUUUGGAUUAUUAUGGUCAAUAGAGAUAAAAUUAUGAUAAUUGUAAAUAAUUGCUACUAAUGAAAUUAGAUUCUUUCUAUUAGGUACACUUUCAAAUUGACAGAUAUUGAGUGUUGUUACAGAUCGGUGCCUUGAAUUAGUAGAGUUCUUAUCAUCUUUAUUGAUCAAUUUUAUGGAAGUAAAUCUGAAGUGAAGUUAAAUUUUAGCAGAACGCACUUUAGUCUAGUUAUUCGUAUUUUCAUAUCGUGAUCUUUUACAAUUUAGAAUAAAUAUUAAAGUAAAUUUUAUUUUAAUUUUAAAGAAAUGCGCUUAUUUUGCGUUUACAAUCUUUUUGAAACAAAUAUAUCAAAGAGUACAUUUUAAAUAUAUAUUAGGAAUUAUCGAACUAAUUAUUUUAGUUUCAAGUUUUGGAGACUCGUUCUUUUUUGCGAAUUAUAUUUCGUGGUGCAAUACGACGAAAUGUGAAGAGUCAUUCUUUUUUGCGAAUUCUGGAGACUCGUUUUUUUUUUUUUUGCGAAUUAUAUUUUGUGAUGCAGUACGACGAAAUGUGUAAAUUAGAGUUGGACGAUAUCUUUUAUUCAAUAGCAUUCACUAUGUAUCUAUAUUUUGUAUAUAAUAUCGUUCCUAAGAUCGAUGAAUCAUAUACGAGAGUAACUUAUAGUAGUAAUAACAACGAUUGUAUGGCGAAUUUUUGCGCAUGUGUUAAGUAGAUACUUCGCUCUUGCUGUAUCUGUUUGUCACAUGUAUUUUUUAUAAGUGAGACAGUACAAAAUAGUGUGAUACUUAGCACUGCUGAUAUAUAAUCUCGUACAUAUUGUAGUGAAUAUGAAAAACUAUGUUUUAUGUCUGUGUUUAAUUUGCACAUAUUUUGGAAUGUAGUUGCGUGCAAAUGAAACACAUUAUUAUUGAUUCAAGUACACUUUUUUAAUGGCAGUUUUACAUUUUCGGAAGCCUGAAACUAAUAUGUAUGUGUAUUUCUUUUAUUCUAUAUUAAUAUUAUUAGUUGAUAAAAUAAUUAAUAUACAUUUUAAAGUUGAAAAAAACUGAAACAUUCGGCAUCCAGAAGUGAAACUUUAAAACUUUGCUAAUGUACUAAUCUGUGAAUUUUAUCAUUGCACUUUUCUAUCAUAUCACAAAGGAAAUUAUGUCGUGCGAUAUAUUAUCAGGUUUAACUAGACUUUAGUAAUUGUUUAUUAUCUUCUGCUGAAAUUCCAUGAAUUUAUGAAUUUCUAUGCAUAAAAAUAAAUAUGUUGA